CAUGACCUCAAAUCCCCAUUUCAACCCCACCCUGGCACCCUGCACUUAAUUCUGAUUGCACGUCUUGAACCCUGUGGAUCCAUCAUUCCACUUUUUUGAUUUCAAAGCAUCCCGACAGCUUGAGCUGUGGUUAUUACGUAUUCUCAGCAAAGCUAUAAAAACCUCAAGAUGCCCCUCCUUGUUACCCCUCAUUAUAUCGACCUCGUUUGAAAGCUUGUGAGCAACACUUACUUACCUUUAAGAGAAUGGCUCCCCCUAAGGUCUUCCUCACCGGUGCCACCGGUUACAUCGGCGGAGAUGUCUUUUCCACCGUGCACCAGGCACACCCCGACUGGCACUACUCCCUUUUGGUUCGGAGCAAGGACAAGGCAGCCCAGGUUACUAGCAAAUACCCCAAUGUGAGGAUCGUGCUGGGAGAUCUUGACUCGUCCGACAUUAUUGAAGAGGAAGUCAAGAACGCCGAUAUCGUACUCCAUUGUGCCGACUGUGACCAUGUAGCAUCGGCCGAGGCAAUCGCAAAGGGUGCCGCCCACCACACUCCUGAGAAGCCGGUGUGGGUGAUUCACACCUCUGGCACUGGAAUUCUGACUGUUGAGGAUUUCCGCACCAACACCUGGGGCUUUUACCGUUCUAAGGAGCACAACGACUGGGAAGGCGUUGAUGAACUCCUUAACCUCCCCGACGACUCUUUGCACCGCAACGUUGACAAGAUCAUUAUCGAGGCUAGCCAGCGGAACCCCGAAAGUGUGAAGACCGCCAUCGUCUGCCCUCCCACUAUCUACGGUCCCGGCCGUGGACCUGGCAACCAGAAGAGCGUUCAGGCAUACUGGCUCGCCGCUGCUGUGUUGAAGAGAAAGAAGGGAUUCUUGGUGGGCGAAGGCAAGAACAUCUGGCAUCAGGUCCACGUCCAGGACCUCAGUGACGUAUAUGGUGCUUUGGCAGACGCUGCCGCCGCCGGUGGUGGAAAGGCCACCUGGAACGAUAAGGGCUACUAUCUUGCCGAGAACGGACAAUUUGUCUGGGGUGACAUCCAGCGUGAAGUGGCUAGAGUCGCCUAUGAGAAGAAGCUGAUUCCAUCUCCUGAUGUUGAAUCUCUGCCGGAUGCGCAAGUCUCAGAGCUGAAUGAGUUCGGGCUGUAUGCUUGGGGAAGCAGCUCAAGAGGCCAUGCACUUCGUGCCAGAAAGUUGUUUGGAUGGUCCCCAAGCAAGCCUAGUCUGAAGGAGCUGAUUCCCGAGAUCGUGGACAUUGAGGCUAAGAACUUGGGUUUGCUGUAGAGCACGGCGCAAGAUUGUAAUGUUACUAGCGUAUAAUGAUGGAAUGAAUUCACUAACGAUUCCCUGAUGCAUGUGUAUUAUGUUUCCUAUGUGGUUGCACAUUUAAUUAGUGUAUUGUAGAUCAGCUCUGGCCAUAUAUAGAAAACCCCCCUAGCAUCACUGAGAAUGCUCAAGCAGGUGUUACAGUGCUUUGGCGAGGCUUUUAUAUCAUAUACAUAGGAGACCAUUCGCUAAACAGACAUGGCCAUUACGGUGGCAUUUCUAAGGGUGUCCUGUUGAUACUCUGAAAACAGCACUCUUAAGUUCGUAUAUAUUAUCAACCAGUACAUCAUUCCGCGACUCAUCACUAUAUAUACUUUAAUAUGCUAAUAGAUCGUUCGUUACCUUGACUAAGUCGAAAUUUCAAGAUUCUUCAGAUCGUUAGAUUGCAACAUAUCAUAGAAAGUAUUGCCU